UUUAAAUAUGUAUUAUAGUUUUAUUAUUUGAAGAAAUUUAAAACAUGAUGGAAUCCAGCAAAAUUGAGGAGGAGCCUGAAGAUACUCUGGAAUCUUCAGAGCUGGCGGAUGAGGACAUAUUAACCUUUGGAAGAUCGAAUUUAAAUCCAGUACUCUUAGAAAAUUUAUUAACUCGUUUUAAAAAGUUCACUCCAAUUCAACAAAAGGCUAUACCGAUAAUAUUAUCCGGUAGAGAUGUAAUGAUAAAAUCUCAAACGGGCUCUGGAAAGACUCUGGCAGCUUUAAUCCCUUUAUUAAACUCAUUACUUGAGAAAUCUAGCACAUUUAACCCAUUUGAUUUGAAGCUAUUAAUUUUAGUGCCAUCGAAUGAUUUGAUUAAUCAAGUCACAGAUCUUCUUAAAGUUCUCUUAAGAAAGUGUUCUGACAGACUAUCAGUAAAACCACUUACAGAAUUGAGUAAUAGUUUAUCGAAUAUUGUGAUUACAAAGCCAUCAAUAGCCGUUGAACUAUUAAGUAAUCAACGGUUAUUGUACUUAAUAAUUGACGAGGCUGAUUUAUUGUUUGAGUUUGGAUAUAAGAAUGACAUGGUAAAACUCAUUGAAAUACUUAGGAACAGCUCGAAAUUCAAGUCUUUUCAGUCUGUUUUGCUCAGUGCCACGCUUGAUCCAGAGAUUAAAAAUAUCGCAAAUCUACUCCUGUAUAAACCGAUUUACAUUGACGUACCUUACACUCCAAAGUUAGGUAACGUCAAGCAAUACUAUGUGCUGGUUAAUGAAGAUAAUAAGUUACUCACUCUAUACCUACUCCUUAAAAUGGAGUGCAUACCAUACGGUUCAAUUAUAUUCGUUAAUACCAAUAAGACUGGAUACUAUUUGUACUGCUUUUUAAGGAAGUUAUGCUUGGACAUUAACAUCAUUAGUAAACUACUAUCUCCAAAAUUAAGGCACACUAUACUACAGAGUUUUAAUCAGGGACUACUGGGAAGUUUAAUACUGAUUGACGAUGACAGCGAGGACGAGUUUAGCCUAAGCAGGGGAAUUGACUUUAAGAACGUGAACUGCGUAAUUAACUUUGACAAGCCAAAGAGUCGCGGGAUUUAUAAACACAGAAUCGGACGCACUGGCCGCAAUUAUCAAAGCGGUUCAUCCCUUACCUUCUUUACAAAUGAAAGUGAUCAACUGUUACGACAACUUGUAUCCUCAAGCGCAAACGAUAAAGACUCACACUUAGAAGGAGUUAAUGAGGCCGAAAAUAAUCUAGAGCUAAAUGGAGUAAAUGAAGAAACACUGGAUUCUGACGUCCAGGAAAUCAAAAUAGGCGAAGAAAUAUUUGAGUCUUUUAAGUACAGAAUAAACGAUGUGCUGAAGAUGAUAACGCCAAAGCUGGUUGAGAUAGCCCAAAUUCAAUCCGUGAGGCACAGCGCAAUAGAGCAGGAAGAGUUUCUGAAGAAUGUUGACGAGAAUGACAUGCUACUGCUUAAGUCAGUGCUAAAAAAUGACAACCAGCUCCUUAAACCUGAGAAGAAACACCUCACUUUUAUCCCCAAUUAUCUCAUCAACAAUCAACUGCAAUCCACCAUUGACAGUGUUAAGCAGCAUAUAUAUCCUCAUUCUCACAACAAAUUAGCUAAAAAACUCAAAAGAAAUAAGCUUAAGAAGACCGAUGAGAGGAGCAACAAGGGGCACAAGAGGAGGCGUAAAUUCUUCAGGAAGAAGUUACCUCACUUUAAGCGCAAAAAGAAAUAAUUUUAUAUUAUUCUCUA